AUUAAAUGGAGUACUCGAUAAUCGAAAGUUUCAAUCGGAUAUCGAAUCGAACGAGAUUCUCGAAAUUUGACUUGACCAUCGAAUCGAAUCGUUUCUCUUCGAACGUAAGAGGAUUUCAAUUUCACUCUAUUAACAAUCACCGCGUAUCAGAUCGAAAAGUAAUUUUUCCUCUCGUCACCGAUGCAUCUGUACGCUAAUUGCAUGUGUAAACGCAUAGAUCGUUAGACUAGAUAAAUGCACCGGACUCGCGAUUCUGGGCUGCUCUCGUGUGUCCCGAGCCGCGAUCGUCUCGCGCUCGCAGAAGUCUCUCCCCAGAAGUAGGUACGUAAAUUACGCCAGUGACAACACAUGCGUUUGUAUAAAACGUCACGCUUGUGUAUCAAACACGCACGGACUAGCGUGUGCCACGUGAUACUCGGCUGGCAGCGGACCCGACUAUAAAGCCGUAGCGAGAAGUCAGUGCUAGCUCGGCGACUUUCGCGAUCUAACGCGCGCGGCUGGAACUCCGUGAUCGGAUCGCACUUGCAUGGUACUUGUACGCGCAAAGGUGUCUCGGUGAAACUCCAUCGCGUGACCACCGUCCGAUCCACCGACUAUUAUAGAUUUUAUACGAGCUUGGAUCGUGCAGACUCGGAGGAACUGUCGUUCGCCACAUUUGUACGAAUUAUCGCACGCGUUACUGAACAAGUUCCAUUGUGACGCGGAAGGACUCUUCUUUGCGCUCCCACGAGGCCGACUCGCGACUCGUUCUUCGCUGUACGUAGUCAGAGAUGGGCAAUAGAUAACAAAUACCACGUAUAUCUAUUUAUUUCGAGCAUUCGAAAGCGUUUGAUAAUGAAAGUGACGGAUAAAUAGUUUAUUCUGAAUUUGUUAUUCGACAUUUUUGUCUAGAUAAGAAUUUUGUCCACCUCUGUACGUAGCUCGAACUUGGACAAGACGCAGAUAUACCAAGAUUACUUGCCUCUAGUAAGUAAACAGAUAUGUAUAGUUACGAAAAAGCUACGAGUUAUUAAUUGCAAAAGGCGUUGAGUGAUAGCCUUCAGAAAAACGAUAGAUGGUUGAUUGAAGGUUCGUUGCAACGUUAAGAACAGUAAACACACUUGAUGGUAAUCAACCCUUGCGCAAAACUAUGAUCAUAUAAGUACACACACGUGGUGAGAUUAAUGCGAUCGAACAAGGAAAAUUGUACUUUGUAAACACGCGUUACACGGUUCCAGUUAAUAUUUGUAUGCAUGCCCUUAAUUUUCGGUCGCAAUUAAACAUUUUAUCGGGUUAGGAAUAUUUUAAUUCGAGUUCCUCUUCCGUCCUCAUAGUUAUUUUCGCCGAUUUCGCCUUGACAAUCGCCCACAAAUUUACCGUGAGAUAUGUGUCAGGACUGUUCCCAAGGCGUGGGAGUACAUUUACAUUUUUCUCAACCGAAAACAAUGUUCCUUGCGAUUUACGCAUAUAAUUUCAAAGCAAAUUGUAAGCUUGGAAACGAUCGUAUUAAAAUCACUUUGUUGUCGCAACAUACGAGAUGUGGAUCUAGGUCAGAGGUACACAAAGUCUGGCCAACAGAAUAAUAAAUUCGAUUCUUACAUUAUGCUUAUCCAGCCUACGAAAUAAAGUCAGCAAAACUUGGUAAUAAUAAUUAUUAACAGUUUCGACCGUGCAAUAAAAGGGAACAAUAUUUGCCAAAGAAUAAUGCCUCUUCUACCGAGUUAAUAACUGAAGAGCAACUAGAUAUGGAAAGAGAUUAAAAAACAGAAUAUAACGAGUAUGUAGUUCUUAAUUGGAAUCGUAAUUACAACUUAUUCCAAUUAAGAAUUAACUAUAAUAUUCUGUUUCGUAAUCUCUUUCCACCGCUGGAUGCUUUUCUGUUAUUAUAUUAAUACGUGAGGUAUUUAUUAUUAAAAUUCAAUAAACAAAAUAUUGCGAUCGUAUUAAUUUCGCCACGUCUGUAUCAUGAUAUCGAAUUCAUACGUGCGCUAUGAAAGACUCGUUGCAACAGUGAGAAAAAAACCCCAUGUUCCGCCGAAAUUAAUUUGGAUUCUCGGUUCGGGAAUAACAAACGAAGUCGAAACAGUAUUCCACGAAUAAAAAUACGUGCAGGAAUAGUACAAAAACAACCGAACGCGUCACGCGAUAAGUUCUUUCGUGCUCUUUAUGAAAUAUUCACCGUCUACGUGCACACGUGCAGGUUCAGCGGCCCGGAUUCUUUUCUAAACGCGAUUAACGCGGAAACAUGCGGGCGGAAGAAAUUACGUGUCCAACAGAGUCGGACUUCUGCAAUGGUCACUCUUUUCACGUACUCUCUACAUAUUAUUCCCUUUCUUUAUCGCAAAAUAUUCGAUAGUAAUCGGACGGUAGGAAUCAAUGUCGUGAAAAUCGCGAGCCUCGUGAUAACGAGACAGUAACAUCGAUCAACUCGACACCGUUUAUCGAACCUACUUGAAACUCGCGAUGGACUAAUCGCGCGAUAACUGUGUCGAACGCCUUCCUCUCGUGAUCGAGGCCCAAGGUGUACGCGUGUAAAGUUAACAGAAGAGCAUUAGUUCCAUCGGGGAACACAGAGACGUCCUUGUCGACAUUCCUCAACUCAUCCUUCCCCCUUACUCGGCCGCGGAUGAAACUGAUUUCGAUGCGUGACGUAAGCGCGCGUACAAUGCGAAAAAAAAUCAUUCUUACAACGAAACAAUUGCCUGUCACGUGGAUGGAAUACUCGUUUUAAAGAAAAGACCAGCGCUGGCGAUAGGUAGAGUUAUUAACCGUUUGAUCGUGCAUCGGGUGGUCGAAUAGUCGAAGACGAAAUAUAAUAAUUUUUAAGUACGCGUUAGGUAAGCAGAAAAACAAAAAUGGAGAACAAAUUGGAAGGUCGGCAGACCGCGGCGCGCUUAGUUAGGGGCUAAAUAAUAGGAACGACACACGGUACAAUGCUUUGGUUUGAAAAAGAAUUCUGAUUUGACGAUCGACCCUUUCAACGCGCCACUCUUCCGCAUUUACACAUCGCUGGAUCCUUGUUUCCAGGGGUGUGCGAGUACCCGAGUGCACAAUGUUAACCCUAGAGCAGUGGUUCUUAAACCGGGGUCCGCGGCAAAAUUAUUAUUUACCUUUAUAUACGCGACAAUGUAAUUUAGACUCUAUUUAAUUUUCCUUCUACCCCGAUCUAUCACGAGACCUUUAAGAUUUCGAAGUUUCGGAUUCAGGUACCGCGCUACCCUAUUGUAUUCGUUCGACAGGUGGCGGACCCAUCCGAGUCCCGUUAGCUAAUAACCGUACUAUAGAUCAUCGGUUCUUCUGGCCUCGAGAAGCUUUCCCUUCGAUUCGACCACCUGCGCGUUGAAAAUCGCUUCUGCAACUUUUCGACACGCUUCGAAACGUACGAUGUUUGGGGCGGCGAUUUUUCACUUUCGCGAACGAGAGAAAAAAACGAUUCGCGGUCGAUUCGACCCGAUCUCGUAAUCUAGCCCGGGCCCUCGUGUUCCCUUUUGUUUCUUUCAGUAAACCGGGAAGCUUGAGCGGCGCGUCUGCCACGAAUGGAUCGAAUCUCGAGAUAGUACACUUCCCUCUCUUACACAUGCAUGGGUCCUGGCUUGUUCGGUUACCACACGUUCCUGUUGCGCACUGGCGAUCACCGUCUCUCACCCUUCGACGUGUACCGGCUGCCUCGUCCGAGUACGAUCGGUAUCAGACAUGACCAACGAUAAACAGUCGUGGUUCCGGGGCGUCCGGAGCAGCAAGUUUCGGCACGUUUACGGCGUGCCAGCCAAGAGGGAGAAAUGCUACGACAACAUCAAUAUCACCAAGAACCCCCACGAUUCGCAGUUCUGCGCCGUGAAUCCAAAGUUCCUGGCGGUAGUGACGGAGGUCGCCGGCGGCGGGGCGUUUCUGGUGUUGCUGCUCAAUCACACUGGCCGAUUGGACUUUAAUGCGAGCAGAGUGACCGGGCACACUGGCCCGGUGUUGGACAUCAAAUGGAAUCCUUUCAACGACAACGUCAUCGCCUCCUGUUCCGACGAUUGCACUAUAAAACUAUGGCAUAUCCCGAACGGUGGAUUGGCUCGAAAUUUAACGAACUGGUUGGUGGAGUUGCGAGGUCACAAGCGACGAGUCGGGUGCAUAGAAUGGCACCCGGUCGCCGAGAACGUGCUCUUCAGCGCUGGCUUCGAUCACCUGGUUAUCGUGUGGGAUAUAAACAGGGGGGAAGCCGUCAGUGUGAUCGACAGACAUCCCGAUGUGAUCUACAGCAUAUCUUUGAACCGUGACGGCAGCUUGCUGGCUACAACCUGCAAGGAUAAGAAACUGAGAGUCUUCGAACCAAGAUCCGGCAUCGUCGUCUCUGAAGGGGUCUGUCACGCUGGGACCAAAGCUUGCAAAGUAGUUUUCCUUGGUGCCUCCGGACGUCUCCUCACGACGGGUUUCAGCCGACACUCCGACAGACAGUACGCCAUUUGGAGCCAGCACGACUUGUCGGCCCCAUUGACGUGCGAGACCAUCGACUCCUCCAGCGGAGUCGUGUUUCCGUAUUACGAUAACGACACCAACAUGGUGUACCUCGCGGGAAAGGGCGACGGCAAUAUUCGAUAUUACGAGGUUGUGAACGAGGCGCCUUGGAUGCACUACCUCAGUCAGUUCAUUUCCGGUAAUCCGCAGAGAGGAAUGGGCGUGAUGCCAAAGAGGGGCAUCACCACCUCCACGUGCGAGGUGUUCAGAUUUUACAAAUUGCACGCGACUCGUGGCAUGUGCGAGCCGAUAUCGAUGAUAGUCCCGCGAAAGAGCGACCAAUUCCAAGAGGACUUGUAUCCGGACACCAUCGGCACGUGCCCCAGUCUGUCAGCCAGGGACUGGAUCAGCGGCAUGAACAGCCCGCCGAUUUUAAUCUCCCUGAAAACCGGGGGCAGCAUUACCACGCACAAACCGCACGUGUACAAGCCGCCGCAGCUUCCUCAAGCGACCGACCUGAACAACGAGAAAAAAUUCGCGUUCCUGUCCUCGGAAACUGUGCCGGACUACAGGCCGAUCGAGUUCCACAACAUGUCCGAGAAGAGCCAGAAAACGUCCAGCAACCAGAGCACCAAGUUCCAGCAGCUGCAGCAGAAGUUCGGGAGUGCUGUGUUACAGAAGAACAUCAUCAUUGCGCCGCUGAACGAUAACGAAGUCUUGGAGACCGUGGACAUUUCCAACAACGAGGCUGAACUGAGAUUGGCGUACGCUCGUCAAACGGACGAAUUAAGACUGGUGCGACGACAGCUCGCCAACAGCCAAUUACGCGUGAAAGAGCUGGAGGAGCAGGUUCGCAAGCUUCAGCGUCAGUAAAGAUUAAUCGGAAUCCUUAACGCUCGCUUCGAAAACGAUUCAUGUAUACAGCUUCGCUGCUGCUAGUCGUACAAGUGAUAUGGUACUUAACGAAUAAGUAACGCAUACAUGUGCACCAUCACAAACAAUGAGACGCCUAAGCUUUCGAAAACGUUGCGCGAGAAAAUGGUGCGUACGAAUUCCCGUGGUCGCAUUUAAACGUGCAAAUUAACUGAGCUCGAACUUUAUACACGAAAGAAUUCUUAAUACACGUACACGGUCUGUCCCAAAUGUCGUCGAACUCGGAUUUACGUUUAUGGAAGCCCUUAAAAUAUCCCUCGUAGGUCUUUGAGACACGAUAGCCCCAUAACAAGCCUUCAUAAACGAAACGAAAUUCGUCGAACAAACUUUAUUCUUGUACACGAAGCCUUUUGUGGGCUUGUAGCUAUACAUAUACUAGAAAGGCUGAGCGCUACGACGCUACUUAAAAUAUAAAACGUUGAUGGCUUAGCUUUUUGUUUCGUACCUAAAUCAAAACGAAGCGUGAGCGAAGCUUCGUUGAAAGGAAUAUCAACCCGUACUAACAAACGACGCCGCUAGUACCUUAUACGAGAAAUAUACAUAUACUUCUAUAAAACAAAGUUCGCGCGCUUUUGGGACAAACAAUGUAUAUUUUUUUAGCGUGUCUAGUUCGUAUCUACUUCGUUCUAUUUACUACCUUUAUAUGAUAUUGUACCGUUUUAAGAGCGCAGCAAUGGAGCAACAGUAAUUUAGUCGACAUCCUUCGGAACCGUUCGAAACUGUUCCGCGUAGAGAAGCUGAAAAAGAAAAAACAAAUAAUUGUGAUGUACACUAUUGCCUUCACUGUACAGACGAUGUUUUGUCUAUUAUAGAAAGAUGUUAGCACUUCUCCGCGAUUCUUCUUCGUCAACAAUGUUGGUACGUUUCGCUGCUGCGUUGUUCGUGCGAUUCUUCUCGGAACAAUGGUUGACACACGUGUUGGUACAGUCACUAUAGUUUUUCCUUUCCUUCGCAUAAAAUUGUGUCUGAAAACAACCAUUACUCAGCCUGGUAUAAAGACGUAAAACUUGGACGAAGUAUUAAAUGUUCGUUACACGAAUAAUUGCACCUGUCUGAUGCAUACGCGUGUUUGUGUCGUAUGCGAUUCGUUCUAUAUAGAAUCGUCGUAUACAGAGUGAUAGAUAAAUGCAGAUGUUUAGAAGCUGCGAAGGGGAUAUUAAGAUGCAAUAAUCGUCGCUUAGAGAUACGAAGGAAGCACAAGAUAUAAGGAUUAACGAUUAAAGACUCGCGUACAAUAAGAUAUUUCGAAGACGAUAAUCGCUAAAGUCGAUGCAUUUACGUAACGUUUAUUUCGAUCGAUUUCCGAAAAUUCGUUCAUUGAUUUACGAUAUUUGUAAUUCUAUUUAUUACUUCGAUCUACUUUUACACGAGUUUGCGAUUAAUUUAAAUUUGAAUAGUCAAUAAUAUUAUAAAUUUCGUUGAUGGAUGUACAUUAAUUUAUCCGAUAUUUAAUUUUAAACUAGAUCGUGUCCUGUAUUAGUGUGUAAGACAGAAAAUGGUAUUCGUCUUGUUAACAUUAAGCUGUCUGAACGUCGAGCGUAUUAAUCACUGUCACGAUCACUGCCAUUAUGCGAGUGGCGAUCGAAUGUUUAUUUCUCGCAAACAUGUGGCGGUGAUGAUAUACAGGGUGUUCGACUACCCCUGGAAAAAAUUUUAAUGGGUGAUUCUAGAAGACAAAAUAAGACGAAAAUCAAAAAUACCAAUUUGUUGAUCGAGGCUUCGUUAAAAAGUUAUUA